AUGGGUGCUGGAAAUGGCGCCGGUGGUGCCAACAUGGGCGGCCAGGAGAUGGGCGGCAUGCCCAUGAACGGUGGGAACCAGCCCCAUGCUACCGAGUACACCCUCCAGGGCGUUAUGCGCUUCCUCCAGACCGAGUGGCACCGGCACGAGCGCGACCGCAACGCGUGGGAGAUUGACCGCCAGGAGAUGAAGGGCCGCAUAGCUGCUCUCGAAGGCUCUGCCCGGCGGGCCGAUGCCACCCAGAAGGCCUUGAGGAGAUAUGUUGGCAUCCUGGAGAAGAAGGUCAAGGAGCAGGCCAUGCAGCUCAAGUCGACGUCCGAAUCCCAUUCGUCAGACGAACACGCCGUCAAGCAGCCGCCCAAGACCGACCGCGCCGCCCUCAUAGCCGAGAAGCUGAAAUCAACGGAUGACAAGCCCAAGGAGCCCAUCCCCGGCCUGGAAGGACUUCUCGGUGAACGUGUGCAGGAAGAUGAGGAGCGUGAGAACCUCAAGACGUUCCUGGAUCAGUGCCAGGCUGAAUUCACGUAUCUGAUGCUUACGCCUGCGAACCCGAUGCCACCUAGAGAAUCGCCCCCCUUGCCCAGCAUGGACGGCUUCAACGACGGUGACUACGGGGUGCCACUAGAUGCCGCAUUCCGAGGCUUGCACCUGAACCAAAAUCAGAACCACAUCAAGGAUCCUGCACCACGUGCCCAGGCCAAUCUGAACCACGCACCACCGGUGCAGCAGCAGCAGCAGCAGCAUCAUCAACAGCAACAACAACAACAACAACAACAACAACAACAACAACAACAACAACAGCAGCAGCAGCAGCAGCAGCAACAACAGCAGCAGCAGCAACUGCAACAGCAACAAGGCCAAGCCACCAACCUGGGACGACAGGCUGUGCAGGAACUCCAGGCUGCACCCAUGAUGCGGUCGGCCGAUCCACAGAACGCAAUCUACACCGACUGGCCCGCUCCUGUAGGGGUAGCGGUGACAAGCCGGGAGGAACCGCCUCCAAGGCCGCAGUUCAACAACGAGUACCCGAAGCAAAACAGCGUCGAGGAGCAACCUGAAAAGCGCGGCGCGUCAGAGACAGACGGCUGGGACUUCGGUGAAAGCUCCUUCCCAGAGACCACUUCUUCUCAACCUCUUCAAACCAUGCCGUCACACCGCCCCGACACGGAUGUCUUCCCCGCUGCCGACAACCUGCCAAAGUCCCCCAAUCGGGGGCCCAACCCUCAUCGACGGAAGACCUCACUGUCCCGCAGGCGCAGUAUAGACCAUGAGCUCUCGUUGAACCCCGCAUCGCAGAAGGCAGACAGCGGCAACUUCAAGCUGCGCUACGGCCUUCGUGGACACCUCAACACUGUCCGGACCAUAAUUUUCUCGGGUGGCGGUAGCCCUGGCGAGCCCGAGAUCUGCACCGCUGGUGAUGACGGCUUGAUCAAGCGCUUCCACAUUCCCCGCGAGAACCCUAGUCACCUCAAUGCCUCCGACCUGGAUGUUCCUGCCGACUUUACGCAUCGAGGCCAUGCCGGUGCCGUUCUUUGUUUGACCUCGUGGUCCCCCUCUCCCAACUUCGCCACUGGUGGUCGUGCGCAAGGCGAUGGCUGGAUCUUCUCUGGUGGCCAAGACGCCUCCAUCAGAGUAUGGGAGCGCGGCCGCGUUGAUCCCAAGGCCACGUUGGACGGCCAUACCGAUGCGGUCUGGGCUGUCUGCGUUUUGCCUGCCACUCUCGGCGCCGUCUUUGGCCAGACAAGCAGCUACGGUAGCCCAGAUCGCAUCUUGCUCGCAUCUGGCGCAGCAGAUGGUGCGGUCAAGAUAUGGUCCGUCAGCGCGCCGCCGCAGCUGACAUCACCGCAACCCGGGCCUGCUGGACGGCGUGCUACAGGCAGCCGGGGCAGAGGCAACUCCAUGAGCUCCGGAUCACAGUUCCCCAACUCACCACAGCCAAACAUGACUUCCAACACUCCAUUCCACUCAACGCUGAUCCACAACAUUACCCGGUCGAAUGGUUCCAAAGCUAGCCCUACAUGUAUUACACCACUUUCUGCGAACGGCGAGGCCUUUGUAGUGUCUUAUUCCGAUGCAGCUAUUAUUAUAUACGACACAAGAACUGGAGAAGAGAUCGGUACCAUGGCCAGCCUAGAAACAUUUGAUGGCACGUCUGCAACGAGCGUCAAUGCUGUCGUUGCCACAACAGCUGCACUUGAGCAAAGCUCUGGGCCGGGCAUGGGGGAUGAAGAUGGUAACGCAACGGCAGGCGGUGCGGGCCCUACCGGCGGAGGUACUGGCAGUGGGAUCGAAGGUGUUGUCAUCAGUGGCCACGAAGAUCGCUAUGUCCGUUUCUUCGAUGCCAACAGUGGUCAAUGCACAUACAACAUGCUUGCUCACCCUGCCGCAAUCUCGGCCUUGUCGCUUUCACCCGAUGGGAGAGAACUGGUUUCCGCUGGGCAUGAUGCCAGCCUCCGGUUCUGGAGUCUAGAGAAGCGCAGUUGCACCCAGGAGAUCACCAGCCACCGCAUAAUGCGCGGCGAGGGCGUCUGUGCCGUAGUCUGGAGCAGCGACGGCCGAUGGGUUGUCAGCAGUGGCGGCGACGGCAGCGUCAAGGUCUUUGCUCGGUGA